CGCACGGAUCAUUCGUUUGUUCCUCACGGUACGUCGACGUUUCACCGGUGAAACUUUGGACAAAGAGUUCACCGGCCUUGACCAUUGCGAUACGCACGCAAUUCUUCGUGUUGUUCGAUACGAAACUGGUUCGUGCGCAAGCGCAGCAAUCAAGCAACGACGACACGAAGAAGGAACAGAGUGUCCUUAGUUCCCGUGUAGUGGCCGGUUCGAGAAGAACUGCCACGAAGGGAAAAUUUGUCUUGCCUUCCAAUAAGCGCCUGCGCCCUUCACGAGAGAACCUUCGAGCGACCGCAUCGGAAAUUCACCCACCAUGUCAUAUUGCACGCGGGUUCUUCGCGCACAGAAACUGUCCGCUUUUGCGGCGGAUAUUCAGCAAAGAUGCUUCAGCGUAAGCCCGUUGAGCUUCGCUGCUGCGAAAGUUGCGAUGUCCAAAUUCGACUCAACCAGCUAUCUUCCCUACGACAAGCUGCAAGAAAACCUUAAGGUAGUUAGGAAAAGGUUGAACCGGCCACUGACUCUAUCCGAGAAAGUGCUCUAUUCCCAUCUCGAUGAUCCCAGCAAGCAAGAUAUCGUCCGUGGUACCAGCUACCUCCGGUUGCGACCUGACCGAGUCGCCAUGCAGGACGCAACCGCACAAAUGGCCAUGUUGCAGUUCAUCAGCUCCGGCUUGCCGAAGGUCGCGGUGCCCUCCACCAUACACUGCGAUCACUUGAUCGAGGCUCAGAUCGGCGGUGACCAGGAUUUGAAGCGUGCCAAAGAUAUCAACAAAGAGGUGUACAACUUCCUGAAGACCGCGGGCGCCAAAUACGGCGUGGGCUUUUGGAACCCGGGCUCUGGUAUCAUCCAUCAGAUCAUCCUUGAGAACUACGCCUUCCCGGGCCUGCUGAUGAUCGGUACCGACUCGCACACCCCGAACGGAGGCGGCUUAGGUUGCCUGUGCAUCGGCGUUGGCGGUGCUGACGCCGUCGACGUAAUGGCGAACAUCCCGUGGGAGCUGAAGUGCCCGAAAGUAAUCGGCGUGAAGCUCACCGGGGAGCUCAAGGGCUGGACCAGCCCCAAGGACAUCAUCUUGAAGGUGGCCGGAAUUCUCACCGUCAAGGGUGGCACCGGCGCCAUCGUCGAGUACUUCGGCCCGGGUGUCGACAGCAUCAGCUGCACCGGAAUGGCGACUAUUUGCAACAUGGGCGCUGAGAUCGGCGCCACCACCUCGAUCUUCCCGUACAACUACAGAAUGCAGGAUUACCUGAAGGCGACCAGCCGCGGGAGUAUCGCCGAGGCCGCCGAUCAGAACAAGAGCCUGUUGACGGCCGACGCCAACGCCAAGUACGACCAGAUCAUCGAGUUGGACCUGUCGACUUUGGAGCCGCACGUGAACGGACCCUUCACCCCGGACUUGGCCCAUCCGAUCUCGAAACUUGGUGACAAUGCCAAGAAGAACGGCUGGCCGAAUGAGAUCAAGGUCGGCUUGAUCGGUUCCUGCACCAACAGCUCCUACGAGGACAUGGGCCGGUGCGCGAACAUCGCUAAGCAAGCUCUGAAGCACGGCCUGAAAGCGACGUCUGCGUUCAACGUCACUCCCGGAUCCGAGCAGAUUCGCGCGACAAUCGAACGCGACGGAAUUGCCCAAACGCUCCGUGAAUUCGGAGGUACUGUGCUGGCCAAUGCCUGCGGACCCUGCAUCGGUCAGUGGGAUCGCCAGGACAUCAAGAAGGGGGACAAGAACACGAUCGUCACGUCGUACAAUCGAAACUUCACAGGACGAAAUGACGCUAAUCCGGCGACGCACGCGUUCGUCACCAGCCCCGAGCUCGUCACUGCUCUGUCCAUUGCCGGCCGGCUCGACUUCAACCCGGUGACCGACAAGCUAAAGGGCAAGGACGGGAAGGAAUUCCUCCUAGAAAACCCGUACGGUGACGAACUACCCAACCGUGGCUUCGAUCCCGGUAUGGACACUUACGACGCGCCACCGGCGGACGGUACCAAAGUGAGGGUUGACGUGGACUCGAAGAGCCAAAGAUUACAGCUGCUGGAACCCUUCGAUAAGUGGAACGGCAAGGACUUAGAGGAUCUCACGGUCCUGAUUAAGGUCAAAGGCAAGUGCACCACGGAUCACAUCUCUGCGGCCGGUCCGUGGCUCAAGUAUCGCGGACACCUCGAUAACAUUUCCAACAACAUGUUUAUCGGCGCUGUCAAUUCCGAGAACGGCGAGAUGAACAAGGUCAAGAAUCAGUUGUCGAACGAUUGGGGCGCCGUUCCCGACGUCGCUCGCGAUUACAAGAAGAACGGCGUCAAGUGGGUGGCGGUGGGUGACGAGAACUACGGCGAGGGUUCCUCCAGGGAGCACGCUGCUUUGGAACCCCGUCAUCUGGGCGGCCGCGCCAUUAUCGUCAAGAGUUUCGCUCGGAUUCACGAGACCAACUUGAAGAAACAGGGCCUGUUACCCUUGACCUUCUCGAACCCUGGGGACUACGAUAAAAUCCAGCCUACCGACAAAAUCAGCCUUCUGGGACUGAAGGACCUAGCACCUGGCAAGUCCGUGCAAGCGCAAAUCAAGCACAAGGACGGCAAGGUCGAGAACAUCAGUCUGAACCACACGAUGAACGAACAACAGAUCGACUGGUUCAAAGCUGGUUCCGCGCUGAAUCGCAUGAAGGAAAUUACCACCGGACGAUAAGCCGACACAGCUGAAGCUACUCAUAUUUGUGAGAAUUAGACAAUAGUCGUAACGCGUAACGCAUUCGUGGAAAUGGAAAAAGCAUGUGCCACGGAAUGGGGCGAAUUUGAUUAGAGUGUCUGAAGUCGUCAUCGCGUUUCGGGUAAACGAAUGAUACCACGACGGCCUGGCCGUCGUAACCCGCCUAGACACAUUUAAAAAAUGUAUAUCACGAAGGUAUCUGAUAGACGCCUUUAUGAGCCUUUCGGAUACGGUUGUUUGGCGGGGGAUCUUGACUUUUAUCUUGGACCAGAGCCUUGCCGCUAUUUGACAAUACUAUUCUCUUUUAUGGUGCAGAAAGGGUGACUCUCGAGUUCAGAAACUCUGAUAGACACAAUCUCAUUCUAUGGUAUGCCAGCGUAGUUCAUAGAUCGAUCGUAUCGGCACCUCGAACGAUCCGAUGCGUUCAUGUACAGCUCAACGUGUUUAUUAUAUGUACAUAUUUGUCACUAGCAUGUUCUAACCGCCGUAGUUUCUCAGUUAUCGACUGAUUUUAGAACAAUGUACUUUCUCGUCUUUCAGACGAGGACAAAUAAACUAUUAGGCAGCGAACAAUACAUUCUUAAUUGCGUAUAAGUUUAUCCUUAUUAAUUAAAGUGUCCUUAUAGAAAGGCGCAAUGUCGCUUGAGGAUGAUGCAAUACAAUGUAAAAUUUAACAUAGCGAAAUAAAGAAUUGAUUUCAGACGGA